AACCAAGGAUAAAAAGUUCGCUGGCGCUUUCUGUGAUUCUUUCCAAAUCGGCACAUAAAUUUCUUGGGCCGAACUGCAUUUCAUCCCGCCUCCUCUCCUGCGAGUUGUGCGUAUUGUUCCCUGCGUCACUGCGUGCUCUUGAGGCCGAAAGGAACGGGAUGGCCAAGACGGCGCCGGAGCAGAAAGCAGUGACGCCGGCGACGCCGGCGGCGGCUGCGGCGAGCCCGUUCGAGUUCCAUGUGUAUGGGCCACGCAACCUGUCGUCGACGACAUGGAGAGACCUCCUUCGAUCGAGCUGGAAGAACGCCAACUACCGGCGAAUGGUGAUCGCGUGCUUCAUCCAGGGCGUCUACCUGCUGGAGCUCGACCGGCAGGAGAGGCGCGACGAGCGCACCGGCGCCCUGGCGCCGCAGUGGUGGCGCCCCUUCAAGUACAGGCUCGCCCAGGCGCUCGUCGACGAGCGCGACGGCUCCGUCUACGGCGCCGUGCUCGAGUGGGACCGCCAGGCCGCGCUCUGCGACUACAUCCCCUUCCGCCCCGCCGGCGCGCCCGCCGCCGUCGUGGCGCUGCGGGGCACGCUCCUCAGGGCGCCCACGUUCCGCCGCGACGUCACCGACGACCUCCGGUUCCUCGCGUGGGACAGCCUCAAGGGCUCCGUCCGCUUCGCCGGCGCGCUCGCCGCGCUGCGCGCCGCCACGGGCAGGCUCGGCGCCGGGAGCGUGUGCGUCGGCGGCCACUCGCUGGGCGCCGGGUUCGCGCUGCAGGUGGGGAAGGCGCUCGCCAAGGAGGGCGUCUUCGUGGAGUGCCACGUCUUCAACCCGCCGUCCGUGUCGCUGGCCAUGAGCCUCAGGGGUUUCGCCGAGACCGCCGGCGAGCUGUGGGGGCGCGUGCGGUCGUGGAUCCCCUACUACGGUGGCUCCUCCUCCUCCUCCUCCCAGGCCGCGGACGCCGGCGGCGGCGGCGAGAGCGAGGAGGCGAAGGCGAUGUGCAGGUGGCUGCCGCACCUGUACAUCAACACCAACGACUACAUCUGCUGCUACUACAACGACGCGGCGGCCGGGACGGCGACCGUGGCGGCCGGAGGAGGAGGAGGCGGGAGCGCGAGCGGCAAGGCGGUGGCGGCGGCUGCGGCGGUGCGAGGGACCGGCGGCGGCGGCGCGCGCGUGGCGAGGAUGCUGGUGGCGUCCAAGGGCCCGACCAAGUUCUUGGAGGCGCAUGGGCUGGAGCAGUGGUGGGCCGACGACGUCGAGCUGCAGGUGGCGCUCAACCACAGCAAGCUCAUCGACCGGCAGCUCAGGUCGCUCUACGCCGCCCCGCCGGCCGCCGCAAGCUAGGCCGACGAAAUUGCUCUCAACCAAUGACGUUGAUUGUACUGCUUUAGUACCCAGAUUACAUUCUACCUGGAGGAUUUACUUACGAGUAUCUCAAAGGUUUAUAGAAGAGUGGUUAAAAAAAUUGCGUAAAAAAAAUUAAGAUUAGGAUAUCUCAAAAACAAAUAAAGCGAGUUUGAUUAUUCACAUUUCGAGCAAACAAAAGAACCAUUAUAACUGAACUGGAAAAACUUAAAAUGAGAGAGUGAAAAAAAGAGAGACAAAAGAACGACUCCGCUGGGGAUCGAACCCAGAAUCUCUGGUUCCGUAGACCAGCGCCUUAUCCAUUGGGCCACGGAGUCCUGGAUGCUUAAUGUGACAUACUAUUUUUCUUUAGUUAAAAUGAAUGACCAAGAGAAUUGUAAUUUCGGUGCCCAAAGAUUUAGUUAUUUCAAGCACUGGUGGUGUACCAGCGAAUA